AUGGGUCAGGAUUACAGUUACAGUCAGCCCUCUUCGUCUGGUGAGGAGUAUGACUUCGGGUAUGGGUGCCUUCUUCAGGGAGAAGCUGAUGGUUGCCCUGACGAAGCUGAGAGUAGCUACAACUUCGAGAUGUCGCAGAAGGUGCUCAAGGUGGAGAAGACUAUAUCUGACAUGGCUAAGAAGCAAUCUGUGGUUACAAAUGGCUUGGUUUUGGGGGUUUGUGUGCUCGGAACUCUUCUAGUUUGUUUAGGAUUGGUGGUCUCAGCUCAGGCGUGGUUUGAUGGUGGUAGCAACACCAGUCUCUGA